UCAUGUCUGUUCUAAGGCUACCACCUUUACCAAGUCUAAGAGAUAUAUUGAAGAUAUAUAAAUUAACAGCUAUCAAACAACUUUCUCAGAAUUUCAUCUUGGAUACAAACUUAACAGAUAAAAUAAUUAGAAAAACAGGAAAUCUUGCUGAUUCUUGUGUGUUAGAAGUUGGUCCUGGACCGGGUGGAUUGACUCGAUCCAUUUUAAACCAGCGACCAAAAAAACUGAUUGUCAUAGAAAAAGAUACGAGAUUUCAAACUACGUUAGAUAUGUUGGCAGAUGCUUUCGCAUCAGUUAAUGGCGAAAUGCAAAUUAUUUUUGAUGACAUUAUGAAAGUAAACAUGAGUAAUUUGUUCCCUACAAGCGAAAUAAAAGCUUGGGAAGAUAAAUCACCGCGAAUUAAGUUAAUUGGUAAUCUACCUUUCAAUGUAUCAACACCACUCAUAAUAAAGUGGCUGAAAGCAAUUAGUGAAAGAACGGGAGCCUGGGAAUUUGGUAGAACAAGAAUGACACUAACGUUUCAAAAAGAAGUUGCUGAACGUUUAGUGGCUGAACCAUUAAACAUACAAAGAUGCAGAUUGUCUGUAAUGGCACAAGCUUGGACGCGCCCAAUAUUGCAUUUCAUUAUACCAGGCUCGGCCUUUGUUCCUAAACCAGAUGUUGAUGUUGGUGUUGUAACAUUUGUCCCCUUAAGUGUCCCACGAACAAAACACGAAUUUGGUAUUUUUGAGAAAGUAACACGGCACAUUUUUCAUUAUCGUCAAAAAUAUAGUAUACGUGGCGCUGAAACAUUAUUUCCUAUAGAACACCGAACUGAACUAGCACAAACGAUGUAUAAACUUUCUGACUUGGAUCCUCACCUAAGACCAGUACAACUGACGGUAGAAGAUGUAGAUAAACUUGUUAGUGCAUAUAAGUAUUUAUUAGAAAAGCAUCCAGAUAUAGAAUUCUAUGACUAUCGUUCAUCUCGACGCAUUAUAUCACAACGUCAUGCGAAGAAUAUUGAAAUUGUAGAUUGUACAGAUUUAUAAUCUAUAUACUAAA